AUGGCUCACCAUUACCAGCUAUCCUCCCUCUUACUGCUUGCAUUUCUCAACUUGUGCUUCAUCCAUGGCCCGAUAACUGGAGCAACUGCACGUCGUCUUCUAGAGAUGCCCCUCCCCGAGAUUCCUAAACCAGAGUUCCCUAAAGUUCCAACCUUGCCAAAGCUUGAGAUCCCAACUGUGCCGAAGCCUGAGCUUCCAACCAUACCAAAGCCUGAAAUACCAGCUGUUCCAAAGCCAGAGAUUCCUAUUAUCCCAAAACCUGAAGUAACAACUGUGCCAAAGCCCGAGCUACCAUCUAUCCCGAAGCCUGAGUUACCAACGUUACCAAAGCCUGAGAUCCCAGCUGUGCCCAAGCCUAAGUUACCAGUUGCCCCAAAACCUGAGCUUCCUGCUGUGUCAAAGCCUGAGAUCCCAGCAAUGCCAAAACCCGAGCUUCCUCCCCUAAAAAAGCCAGAAAUCCCAACAGUGCCAAAGACUGAGGUUCCUCCAGCUAUGAAAAAGCCUGAAGUUCCAGCUUUGCCAAAGCCCGAGGUACCAAUUGUGCCAAAGCCAGAAAUCCCAACAGUGCCAAAGACCGAGGUUCCUCCAGCUGUGAAAAAGCCUGAAGUUCCAGCUUUGCCAAAGCCCGAGGUACCAAUUGUGCCAAAGCCAGAAAUCCCAACAGUGCCAAAGACCGAGGUUCCUCCAGCUGUGAAAAAGCCUGAAGUUCCAGCUUUGCCAAAGCCCGAGGUACCAAUUGUGCCAAAGCCAGAAAUCCCAACAGUGCCAAAGACCGAGGUUCCUCCAGCUGUGAAAAAGCCUGAAGUUCCAGCUUUGCCAAAGCCCGAGGUACCAAUUGUGCCAAAGCCAGAAAUCCCGGAACUACCAAAGACAAAAAUCCCGGAGCUACCAAAGCCAAAACUACCAGAGCUUCCAAAGCUAGAAGUCCCAGCUAUGCCAAAGCCUGAAAUCCCAGAACUGCCUAAACCAAAAGAGAUAUCUUUUCCUUCACUUUCUCCACCACACAAACCCGCUACUCCUUGAGUAAUUAUAAUACUGUUCACUCUAUUAGAA